CCUGUCCUUGUGGUCUGCCUCUCUUCCGCCACUCACAGCCUUUUGCACUCUCUACUAUGUGCAUAUGCGAAAAGCAUAGGUAAAAGUGAUUAACAAAUUCGCGCUGUAGGUGAAGAAAAAUCUUGGUGACUUCAGUACCGCAUCUGGCAUGUUCUGGACAACUCAAUACAACUCGCUAGGGCGUCAGGGGGAGAACGGCAAGCAGGAGGGACUAACUGUCGUUACUGUUUGGAGUUUGGUUUCCCGGUUAGUGUUUUGUCAAUAUUUGGGUGUGCCUGUUGCUGGAGGCGAAAUCCGCUGGACCAUGUCGGCCUUCGAGAAGCCUCAGAUCAUCGCUCAUAUCCAGAAGGGCCUCAACUACACGGUGUUUGACUGCAAGUGGGUACCCUGCAGCGCCAAAUUUGUGACCAUGGGCAACUUCGCACGGGGCACUGGCGUCAUUCAGCUGUACGAGAUCCAGCACGGUGACCUAAAGCUGCUUCGGGAGAUUGAAAAGGCCAAACCCAUUAAAUGUGGAACAUUUGGUGCAGCCUCUUUACAGCAGAGAUAUUUAGCUACUGGAGAUUUUGCUGGAAACCUUCAUAUAUGGAAUUUGGAAGCUCCAGAUAUCCCAGUAUAUUCUGUAAAGGGCCACAAAGAAAUUAUAAAUACUAUAGAUGGUGUAGGUGGACUAGGAAUCGGGGAAGGAGCACCUGAAAUUGUGACUGGCAGUCGAGAUGGAACUGUGAAGGUGUGGGACCCAAGACAAAAAGAUGAUCCUGUUGCUAAUAUGGAACCUGUACAAGGAGAAAACAAGAGAGACUGUUGGACUGUGGCAUUUGGCAAUGCUUAUAAUCAAGAGGAACGUGUUGUUUGUGCUGGCUAUGACAAUGGGGAUAUCAAACUGUUUGAUCUCAGAAAUAUGUCAUUGCGGUGGGAGACGAACAUAAAAAAUGGGGUAUGUAGCUUGGAGUUUGACAGAAAGGACAUAAGUAUGAAUAAGUUAGUAGCUACAUCUCUGGAAGGAAAGUUUCAUGUUUUUGACAUGAGAACACAGCAUCCCACCAAAGGUUUUGCCUCUGUUUCAGAAAAGGCUCACAAAUCUACGGUGUGGCAGGUCCGACACCUGCCGCAGAACAGAGAGCUCUUUCUGACAGCUGGGGGUGCUGGCAGCCUGCACUUCUGGAAGUACGAAUAUCCUAUUCAGCGGUCAAAGAAAGAUUCCGAGGGAGUAGAGAUGGGAGUAGCAGGUUCUGUCAGCCUUCUCCAGAACGUCACCUUGUCAACGCAGCCCAUUUCCAGUUUGGACUGGAGUCCAGAUAAAAGGGGUCUCUGCAUCUGUAGUUCAUUUGAUCAAAUGGUGAGAGUACUGAUUGUUACAAAACUCCAUAAAAUUUGAUCUGAAGACUGAACUUGAAACCUUCCAGAGGAGCACUUGUAGAAUUCAGAGGGCUCUCUGGGACUCUCUGACUGUCUUGGAACAAAGGGGAAUUUGACUGAUGAAAAAGGCUCCCGAAGAAACCUCUGGGCUGGCCUGUCUCCAGGUGUACAAUGUCGAGCGGUUGUUCUGGGACCAGCCUGGCCGCUGCUUGCUGCUGCCCACAGGCCACCACUCUCUCCAGAGCCAGCUCUGUUCCUUCCCCUCCAGGUCUAAGAAAGAGUAAAUACUUGUGUAUAUUUAAGCAUAUUUUGAAUUUGUUCUGCAUCCCUAAGACUACUUAUUUUAUCAUAACACUUGUGUUUUAGUGUUCACAGUAUUGUGGUAGGGAUCACUUAAUUUGGUUUAAAAUAAUUUGCUUUGGUAAACUACUGUGAACUAAGCUUUGUAAACACACUUUGAGAGAUUUCAUUGUCUGUAAGUUUCUGUAAAGAAUAUUACUUUAUAAAACUACCAAAGUAGCACAGUCAGACUAGAUUUGGGUAACUGUUUCCAGCAGUAUAACUCAUACAGUAAAUACUUGAUUUACAAAGACCUCUUUUUUUACUCAAAAAAAAAGGAGUUGAAUCAGUGAGACUUUGGGCUGUUGAUGGUAGUGAUGUUGAGAUGCACACAAGAUUGUGAGGGUUUUGUACCCUUAUUUUUUGUCAAACCUUUUUAUAUAUUUUAUGAAUAAAUUUCUGUUCUAGCAAUCUAUAGAUGACUUGAUUCUUUUAGCUUCACAGCAGUAAUAAAGCCAACACCAUCACUUCUUUUGCUUUAUAAAUACUUAAUAAGGACUCCUUCAUUCACUUUGUUUCUUUAAUGUUCACCAUCUACUGAAGCUCAGCAGUAUUAACUUUAGUCACACUUUCAUUAAGCCUCUCCUCCUUCCUCCCCAUUCACAGGACAGAGCUGCCUGAAACAUUUGUAAUACGGAAAAUUCAGGUGAUUUCAGGGGUUCUUGGAAAGCCACUUGUUUAGAAUAUUAAAUUCAGAAACUUAACUUUUUAAAAAAAUCCUGAAAUGUUUUGUAGCACAAUGCUAUAGAUAAAAUUAUGGAAGUAAAAAUUAAAUUGAGCUUAAAAAAAGCUGUUUCCUGCUGGGUUUGGGGGAGUUUUUUUGUUUGUCUUUUUUCCACUUUCAAAGAACAAGUGAAAACCUUGUGAAAUUCUUUUGUAGAACACCUGUGUUUGGUAGCAUGAUUGGAGAGGUUCACGUCAAAAACAAUACUUGUAUUUCAUUGAAUCUAAGAUGUCAUUGAUUGUAUGAUUAUCAUACACCACUGAAAAAGGAAAAUGUUGCCAGUGAACAGAUAGACUGCUUUUUUGUCAGCAUUUCUCUAAUAUUCACUGAAUGUUCUUUUAGUCUUAUUUAGAUCAGGUUUUUUUCAUUAUGUAUCACUCCUGUGCAUCUUUAUAAAGGCAAGAUAUAUACAAAAUAAAUUUGGUAUUCCUCUAUUUUUUCCUA